UUAAAAAUAAGCUCUUGAUUAAAAUAAAAUUUUCUUUGUCCACUGCCACUUACUACUAUAUCCAUUGAAAACCGGUUGAGCCUUAUGGACUCAAAUUCAGAGUUACCUUUUCCAACCUUUUUCCCUUAGAAAUCUGCAACCAAAAUUGUUUUCUGAAACAUGACAACCUUGCUGAUCAAAUUAAUAAUCCUCCAAUACGUUAUCUUUGAACAUACAUAAUAAAUAAGUAUUAGAAUAUUCUUUCAUUGCCCAAAACAACCAUUUUAGUUUCACAAUUUCAGCCACAAACAAAACAAAUAAACUCUACUCAUCACAAAAAGUUGUUUUUUUAUUUCAGGAUGAUGGCGAAUCUUCCAGCUAUGGUUUCUUUGAAGCACUUUUUGGUGUUAUCGUUGGCUUUGAAUGUUAGUUUAAUUCUGAGAAUGGUGUAUGAGGGUGAUCAUUAUCAACAAGGAAGUAAUAACAACAACAACAAAAUGGAAGGGUAUAAUCGGAUUAUUGGAAAAUCACGUUUGGCUAUAUCCUCUAUAACUUCUUUUGCUAAUUCUACUCGUAAAGAUCGUUCGGGUAUCAUGGAUAAAGUAAUCAAUCUUGAUCAUGGUGAUCCAACAAUGUACGAACAAUUUUGGCGACAAAUGGGAGACAAGACAACAAUAAUAAUACCAGGAUGGCAAUCUAUGAGUUAUUUUUCUGAUCCAACAAGCAUAUGUUGGUUUCUUGAACCAGAAUUUGCUAAGGAAGUAGUGAGGUUACACAAUGUGGUUGGAAAUGCAGUAACACAAGGUCGUCACAUUGUUGUUGGAACAGGUUCUUCUCAAUUGAUUCUUGCUGCUCUUUAUGCUCUUUCUUCUCAUGAUUCUGAUAAACCUAUCAGCGUUGUUUCUGCCGUACCUUAUUACUCGUCCUAUCCAUCAAUGACAGAUUACCAGAAAUCAGGACUUUACAAAUGGGGUGGUGAUGCAGAGAGUUUUGACAAAGAUGAGCCUUACAUUGAGCUGGUUACUUCUCCAAAUAACCCUGAUGGAUAUAUAAGGAAAUCAAUAGUGAACCGAAACCAAGGACUAUUGGUUCAUGACCUUGCCUAUUACUGGCCACAAUACACUCCAAUAUCAUCUGCUACAGAUUAUGAUCUUACUCUUUUCACUGUCUCAAAAAGCACUGGUCACGCUGGAAUGCGCAUAGGGUGGGCUCUUGUUAAAGACCGCGAGGUAGCAAAGAAAAUGACAAAAUUCAUAGAGCUAAAUACGAUUGGUGUCUCCAAGGAUUCUCAACUUAGAGCUGCCAAGGUUUUGAAAACCGUUUCUGACUGCGAAGAAGAAAAAUCCGAAAAUGGAGUAGAAUCCUUUUUCAAGUACAGCUACAGGAUGAUGGAGCAAAGGUGGAAGCUACUAAGAGAAGCGGUUGAUAGUGGUGAUUUAUUCAGUUUGCCCAAAUUUUCUUCUGCGUUUUGCACCUUUCUCAAUCAAGAGUCGGAAACUCAACCAGCAUUUGCAUGGUUGAAGUGUGAAGGGGAUAUAGAGGACUGUGAAAGUUUCCUUCGUGGACACAAAAUUUUGACUAGAGGUGGUAAACAAUUUGGGGCUAGCUCAAAAUAUGUAAGAAUUAGCAUGCUGGAUACAAAUGAUAAUUUUAUGCAUUUAAUAGAUAGGCUAUCUACAAUACAAACCAAACAACAGCAGUGAAAAUGGAAAUUUGUUACUGACAUUGUAUUUAUGAAUAAUACUUAAAUAUUAAUAAUGAUAGUUCGGAUAUAA